AAUAUUGGAUCGAGCAGAGGUGAGAGAGAGCAGGAGAGGGAGGGACGAAGCGCGAUCGAAGCGAGCCCUAGAUUUCCGACGAGAGCCUGUCGGCCUCUCACCUCGGUCCUUGACCGUCGAUUUCUGGUCCCGGAGCCAAUUUCAUAUCCCCCCCUCCCCAGCGGAUCGCCCGUUUCCGGGGGUACGUCCUUCGCUUUCGUCGCCUUGCUCUGCAAAUUCCCUCCGACUCUUCGUUGGUUCUAUCGCGUGGCGGUCGUUAGCGUAUUCAAUUUGGUAUAUGUUGGAUGGCACUUGAUCUCAGUGAUAAAAAUGGCUGUCUGAAGAGGCACUUGUUUCUGGUACCUUACUGCUUGUUUGCAGCAUUUACAUGAAGUAUCGGUGGGUCAGAGAGCUUCAUAAGCACUAGGUCGCAGAUGGUGGAAGACCAAAAUUAUAAGUCAUGGUACACUUGAUGUAGAGUUUGUUGGGAAAGAUGCGCAUGCAAGCACAUUUAUCAGGACAGAUUUCUGUAAAUUCUAUACCCUUCCAGAUGCAAAAUUUGGGAAAUCUACAUAGUUCUUCAUGGCAAAUGGAACCCGAUAUUGAGUCCAUCCGAAACUGUGUAAUUCAAGAAAUUGUAAAUUUUUUGCGGCGGAAACCUCAUGCAACUGAAGUUGGACCCAGGUUACCUGAUGUUGCAAGGCGACUGGAGCAAGGACUGUUCAAGAGUGCUUCUUCUAAGGAAGAGUACAUGGAUACCAGUACAUUACAGCGCCGGCUAGCAAAUUUUAUGAGUCGCUUCUCGGCUAGCAACCAUAGUCAACAGUUACGACUGCGACACUAUAAUUCUUCAUCUUCAUCUAUUGGGGCUAUGAUACCUACACCAGGUAUGCCACAAAGUGGAAAUGCAAAUCCUUCAGUGUCUUCUGUCGGUAAUUCUAUGGUUGCUAGCAGCGGUUCUGCUUCUCUGGUUACAAGCUCUGCCAGCACGGCUAAUUUGUUAUCUACCAAUGGGUCUGUUGGUGGAAUGCAGCGUAAUUCAUUCAACUCGUCUGAUGGACUGUUGUCUAAUGGUUAUCAGCAAUCGCUUCCCAACACUUCCAUGGGUUCUCGAAGCAACAUGCUGUCAUCAUUGGGUACACCAAGACAUUCAACUCAGAUGAUGCCUACUCCUGGGCUGAGUGAUUCACGUUCAUUGCCCAUGAACCCUUCUACUGGAGUAGGAGGGUUUUCAGGUGUUGAAUCUGUUGUAGCAUCACAGCCGCAGCAACCUAGGCAGUAUGCUAGCAGUCAAAAUAACCGUAUGAUGCAUAGCAUUGGUGGCCAAAUGGGCAUUGGAAUGCGCUCUAGCUUGCAGCCCAAACCUUCAGGUUAUGUUUUCCCUAAUGGGGUUCUAAACGGUGGGUUGGCGACUAUGGGAAAUAAUGUACCAUUGAUGAAUGGGAUGCAACAUUCUGAAGGAUAUUUGAAUUCUUCUGCUUAUGUGAACACUCAGAAACCUUUACAGCAGCAUAUGGAUCAGCAGCCACAGCAGCAAAUAAUGCAGAAUGGGGAUGGGUAUGCUGUUAACAACGCAGAUAUUUCUGGGUCUGGAAACUUGUAUGGAUCAGAAAGAAACAGUCAGAAUGUGAAUCCUCUUGGUUUGCACUCUAACAUGAAAUCUAACUCUGGAUUGCAGUCUCGUCAACCAAACUUUCAAUCGUUUCAACAGACACCUAAUGUUAAGCCUCAAACAAUUGAUCAUUCAGAAAAGAUGAAUAUGCCAACAUCCCAUUCAAAUCAGCACCAUGCAUUGCAGCCUCAGCAGCAGAUACAAAGGGUUCAGCCACAACAAUUUUCUAAUCAUCCCCAUCAAUCUAAUGUGCAAUUUGUACAGCAUCAGCAUCAGCAUCAGCAUCAAAAGAAAGAUCAGAAUGCACAGCAGCAAUUGUUGAAUGAUAGCUUAAGGCAUCCCCAGUUCCUAGGAAAUGCUCAGCUUGCUUCAACUGCAGUUGGACAAUUGCUACCAGGUCAAGAAGUGGAAUUGCAUGAUGAAUCUUUACAUCAUCCUUUGCCUGAUCAGUAUCAGUUUUCAGAAUUACAGAACCAAUACAAUCCUGGUUCUUUAGCUCAAGAUCUACCUAAUGGAUCACAGAUACUCAUCCAGUCAUCGAGCUCUCAGGAAUUGCAUUCUUCUUUCUCACAGGCAUCACAUCAAUUUCAGCAGAUAAUGCAACCACAGCAGCCAGUUCCUCAGGCCCAAAAUCAAUUUGCUGGCCUCACUGUUGGGCGGUCGGAGGUCCCUGUUACUGAAGAAUGGCAGGCUGCACGGGAAGUUAAAUCUCCUGGUGUGAAUCAGUUAUCUGCUGAGCAAAGGAUGCAAGAAGACUCACGGCGAGUAAUGCAACCUGAUGGAGCUCAACGUCCUCAUCUUACUGCACAGCGAACAGUUAAUGGGAAAAUUGUCUCCUCAGAAAAUUAUGCAGGGCCUCCAGGUUCAACGGUGACUUUAUGUAGAUCUGGAGGUAAAACCCCGCGGUCACGCCAGAAAGAGAUUAUUGACCAACAGAGGUGGCUUCUUUUUCUACGACAUGCCAGAAAUUGCUCUGCAGGGGGGAAAUGUCCCCAGAAGCACUGUGUAACUGCUCAAAAUUUGUGUAGACAUAUGGACAAGUGCCAUGACAUACACUGUAAUUAUACUUAUUGUUAUACAACCAAGAAGCUGAUGAAUCAUUUUAAUAGCUGUCGUUCCGCUGCUUGUGCUCUUUGUGUUCCUGUUAGACGGUGGAUUUCUCGCCAGAAAGCCUGUGCAACCCAACCAUUGGAUGCCAUGGAACCUAAUUCAACCAAUGGCAUGUUGAAGACUCCUACAGUGGAUGCAAAUACAACCAAGAUGACACCAAAAAAUAUUAGUUCUGCCUCAGAAACUUCAGAUGAUCUGCAGCCAUCACUAAAGCGAGUGAAGCUUGAGAACAGUGCCCCUUCAUUUGUUAUGCCCAGAGGUGGGUUAGUGCAUGAUAAUACUUCUGUUGUCGAGGGAUUGGAUGAAAGGCCACAUGGAACCCAACAGCCUGAAGCACUUAUUCCUACAAGGUCUGAUGUGGUGGAUGUAAAGCUAGAAUCACCCAUGAACUCUGUUUGUGGAACUGGUGAUAAAAUUAUUGAAGCUGAAAAUAACAAAAAUGGCAUUGAUAAUUCGGUCAUGAUAAAACCUGAGGUUGAGCCUCAGAUAUCUAAUGAUUCUGUUACUGAUUUUAAGCAAGAAGUAGUUCCAGCUCGGAAUGAAAUUGAUCAGGUGAAACAGGAUAUGAAGUUGGAUAGUUCUGGGUCGACGGCAGAUCAUACAGCUGGGAAUAAAUCUGGGAAACCAAAAAUCAAAGGAGUUUCUUUGACUGAACUUUUUACUCCAGAGCAAGUUAGGGAACAUAUUGUUAGCCUUCGGCAAUGGGUUGGCCAGAGCAAAGCAAAAGCUGAAAAGAACCAAGCGAUGGAACACUCAAUGAGUGAGAAUUCCUGUCAGUUGUGUGCUGUUGAGAAACUUACAUUUGAACCUCCUCCUAUAUACUGCUCAUCAUGUGGUGCUCGUAUCAAACGUAAUGCAAUGUAUUACACCUUUGGAAGUGCUGAUACACGUCACUACUUUUGCAUACCAUGCUACAAUGAGGCCCGGGGCGAGAACAUUGAGGUUGAUGGAAUGACAAUAGUAAAAGCACGGAUGGAGAAGAAAAAGAAUGAUGAGGAAACUGAAGAAUGGUGGGUUCAAUGUGAUAAAUGUGAAGCAUGGCAGCACCAAAUUUGUGCACUUUUUAAUGGCAGGAGAAAUGAUGGGGGGCAGGCUGAGUAUACAUGCCCUAAUUGUCAUAUAGCAGAAAUUGAAAGGGGAGAAAGGAAGCCCUUGCCACAAAGUGCUGUUUUAGGUGCAAAAGAUUUGCCAAGGACAAUUCUUAGUGACCAUAUUGAGCAGCGGCUUUUUAGGAAAUUGAAGCAAGAGAAACAGGAUAGGGCAAGAGCACAAGGGAAGAGUUUUGAUGAGGUACUGGGAGCUGAAGGUCUGGUUGUCAGGGUUGUAUCAUCAGUUGACAAAAAAUUAGAAGUAAAACCACGAUUUCUUGAAAUUUUCCAAGAGGACAAUUACCCUUCAGAAUUCCCAUACAAGUCGAAGGUUGUUUUGCUGUUUCAAAAGAUUGAAGGGGUUGAAGUUUGCCUGUUCAGCAUGUAUGUCCAGGAAUUCGGUUCAGAAUGCCAACAACCUAAUCAGCGCCGUGUUUACCUUUCCUAUCUUGAUUCUGUUAAAUACUUUAGACCUGAGGUGAAAACUGUAACAGGAGAGGCGCUUCGUACCUUUGUCUAUCAUGAAAUAUUGAUAGGGUACCUUGAAUAUUGUAAGAAGCGAGGAUUUACCAGCUGUUAUAUAUGGGCUUGUCCUCCAUUGAAGGGAGAAGACUAUAUUUUGUACUGCCACCCUGAAAUUCAGAAGACACCCAAAUCCGACAAGCUCCGGGAAUGGUAUCUGUCAAUGCUGCGCAAAGCUACAAGGGAAGAUAUUGUUGUAGAUCUGACCAACUUGUAUGAUCAUUUCUUUGUGACGACUGGUGAAUGUAAAGCAAAAGUCACAGCUGCUAGGUUACCUUAUUUUGAUGGUGAUUACUGGCCUGGUGCUGCGGAAGAUAUGAUUAAUCAGCUUAGACAAGAAGAAGAUGGAAAAAAGCAACAGAAGAAGGGGAAAACAAAGAAGACUAUAACUAAGAGGGCCCUGAAAGCUGCAGCCCAGACCGAUUUAUCUAGCAAUGCAUCUAAGGAUGCUCUUUUGAUGCAAAAGCUUGGUGAAACAAUCUGCCCAAUGAAGGAGGAUUUCAUAAUGGUUCACUUACAGCACACAUGUUCUCAUUGUUGUCGUCUUAUGGUGUCUGGAAAACGUUGGGUUUGCAGCCGGCAGUGCAAAAAUUUCCAGCUUUGUGACAAAUGUUAUGAAGCAGAACAAAAGCUUGAGGAGAGGGCUAGGCAUCCCGUGAAUAGUAGAGACAAGCACAUUCUCUUUCCUGUUGAGGUGACUGAUGUGCCUGUAGACACGAAGGAUAAAGAUGAGAUUCUAGAAAGUGAAUUUUUUGACACAAGACAGGCCUUUUUGAGUCUUUGUCAAGGGAAUCAUUACCAAUAUGAUACCCUGCGGCGUGCCAAACACUCUUCUAUGAUGGUUCUGUAUCAUCUGCACAAUCCCACUGCUCCUGCGUUUGUGACGACUUGCAACGUAUGUCACCACGACAUUGAGGCAGGCCAAGGAUGGCGUUGCGAGGUCUGCCCUGAUUUUGACGUCUGCAAUGCUUGCUAUCAGAAGGAUGGGGGCAUUGAUCAUCCUCAUAAACUGACAAACCCACCAUCUACAGCUGAUCGUGAUGCUCAAAACAAAGAAGCGCGGCAAAAGCGAGUCUUGCAGCUACGAAAGAUGCUCGAUCUUCUGGUGCAUGCUUCUCAAUGUCGUUCUGGGAACUGCCAGUAUCCGAAUUGCCGUAAGGUUAAGGGUCUAUUUCGUCAUGGUAGCCUCUGCAAAGUCCGUGCAUCUGGAGGUUGCCAGCUAUGUAAAAAGAUGUGGCAUAUUCUGCAGCUGCACGCUCGAGCUUGCAAGGAGUCCGAAUGCAAUGUACCUCGUUGCAGGGACCUGAAAGAACAUUUAAGGAGGUUGCAGCAGCAAUCUGAGUCACGACGCAGAGCUGCAGUGAUGGAGAUGAUGAGGCAGCGUGCAGCUGAGGUUGCAGGGAACACGGUCUAGUCCACUAGUCAGUUUGUCGGGAAUGCUCAGCUACCAUGUUUCAAUGAGAAAUCUUUGGCCAAUAUUAUGCUCAUGGAAUGCGCAGAUGCGUUAGGUGCCAGGAAUGAUCUACUGCACUUGACGGCAGCCGCACCUCAAAGUGGCGGUUCACCGCCAAUCGGCAUCCAAAUCUGUUCAGCAACUCUGCUCAAGUCUGGCUCUCAUGAUGCAAGCAAUGAGCAGCUGGCCCAGACACUCGCUCCAACACUGAGAGCCUCCUGAUAGAGCAGUUGUGAUGGCUGUCCGCCCGCGGCAUGUCAUUCUUUCAUUUAUUACCUUGUAUUCAACCGCCAUUUUAAGGGAUGGCAGAUGUAUAAUAGGUCUUCAAUAAUUCGAUUAUCGCUGCAAGUGAAGGGAAUCCGGCGAAAGCAACACCCGUGGUGUACCUAUACCGCCUACCUGGUUGAUCAGGUUGGUAAGGUUUUUGUUGUACUAAAAUGCUAUUCCAAAGAUAUGGCUGAUGUAUGAUAUGUGGCUCAGUAACUUGUUUGUGCCAUAAAGGGGGAUCAAAAAAAAAAAAGCAAAUUUCAAUCUAACAUGCCCAUGUCUCAAUAUGGUGCUCCUAAAGAAGAGGUGGUGCAAACCUUUUUUUUUUCAUAAAUAUAUGAUUGUUCAGAGUUUUGA